GGCUCGGACACGAGUUGAUGAGUUACCGAAUUUGUACUAGAAUUAGCAUUUCUAAUUAAUUUUAAAGUAUAUAAGAAUAUUGUUUCAAUUCAAUAAAAUAUUUUAAAACAAUGACAGACGUAGCGAAAAAGGUCCAAGAGUAUAAAGAUUCCCUGAAGCAGAAAGCGGAACAUUUAAUAAUAAAAGGAUUUCCAGAAAAGAUAGUGAAAUUAAAUGACCUAUUAGAAACACCAAGUUUUCAGAAUCGCGAUUUUGCUGAUGUACAUCAGGAUUUAAACAUUCCAAUACCUCCACCUGCGUCAUCAGUCAAUGAACCUAAUGCUAAACGCCCGCGGCUGGACUCGUCUGAAGUGUCCAGCAACACUACAUUAGAGGGAACGAGGGUGUAUGCUUUGCCAAAUGGGUCAGUUCCUUGCAACAAACCAUUAUGUGACCUGAUACAUCUUGUAAAACCACAUAUAAGGGAACUUGUUGAAGAUUCAAAUUUAUUAAAAAUGUGGAUUUCGUUUAUGAUUCCUAAAAUUGAAGAUGGUAAUAACUUUGGAGUAUCAAUACAAGAAGACACACUUGCUGAAAUCCAGUCUGUGGAGUCGGAGGCGGCUGCAUUUUUUGACCAAAUCUCACGAUAUUUCAUUUCAAGAGCAAAGAUUGUAUCGAAAGUUGCCAAAUAUCCACACAUUGAUGACUACAGGAGAGCAGUUAGAGAAUUGGACGAAAAGGAGUAUCUUUCACUUUGGCUGGUGAUGUGUGAGAUCCGCAACCGUUACUGCUCUCUCCAUGACAUUGUCAUCAAGAAUCUUGAGAAAAUCAAGAAACCACGUUCCUCUAAUGCAGAGUCUUUAUACUAAACUACUUCAAUCUCAUUAGUAUAUUUUUAGUCACAUGCAAUUGUAAGAAUAAUUCCUUGUGAACUUAAGAGUACCUUUGAAGAUGUUUUUUUCCAAAUUUUGUAUUUAUAUAGUAUGGAGACGAGGACCUAUCCAUAUAAAUUAUUGCUAUAUCAUCUGUGAAACUUAACUCCAAGGA